AUGGUGAAGGACCCAACUUAUGAAGAACUGUAUUUGCCCGACGAUGACAAGAAGGAGAAGGCCACCCAGCCGGACGCCUCGAAGAUGGCCGCCCCGAAAGCCAGCACUGUCACGGCGAACGAUGCGACGGCCGGGCUGCUGUCCGAUACGGAGCUAGCUGGCACCCAAGCUGACGCCUCCGGUCGAAACGCGCCCAGCCCCCCUUCAAAGCUCAAAAGCCAGGAGAGCAAGAGUAGCAAGAAGAGCGACAAGAGCAAGAAGACCCCGAAAAGCCCGAAAAGUCCGAAGAGCCAGCAAAGCCCGAAAAACAGCUCGAAGCGGGGCGACACGGUACCCACCGCCAAGUCCACCGGCACGCACGCUACGCGCAUGCAGCCGAUCUUGGACAAGCCCGCGGACGAACACCCAAAAGUUCCGCCCGCGGAGUCGCCGCGUCGAGCAGCUCCUCCUCCGCAACAGCCGCCACCUCCGCCUCCGCCACCGCCUCCCCCACCGCCUCCUCCUCCUCCUACGGCCCGGCCGCCACCUUCGGCACGCUCAGCUGUCGUCGACUUCACACAGAUCGACGAAAAUGCUGAAUCGCUGGCCCGGCGCUCGUCGAGUACCUUGCAAGAAAAGCGCGAACAAUUUGCCUCGACAACCGCCUACCUGUUGACGAUCAUCGGCUGUGCGGUUGGACUGGGAAAUGUUUGGCGUUUUCCUUUCGUCGCCGUUGAAAAUGGAGGAGCCCCGUUCUUGAUCCCCUACUUUAUCUGCACCUUCUUGCUCGGCGUGCCGAUGUUGUUCUUCGAGCAGUGGAUCGGGCAAUUCACACAGAAAGGAAGCGGCCGUUGCUACUAUCUAUACAUGCCGGUUUUAGCUGGUAUUGGCAUGGCACAGACGACGCUGGUCUACAUCCUGGUGUCGUUCUACUAUAUCAUCACCGGCUGGUCGUUCAUUUACCUCCUCUACGUGGUUCUCGACCUCAGCCAGUCCUGGACUCGAUGUGACAAUGCCUGGAACACCGACAAAUGCCGGUCGCCCAUCAACGACGCCGAGUGUGGCGCCGGGCAAAGCUUUAAGAAGAGCAUCGGAUGCGUGUCGAGCACUGACCCGAUCAGUUACGACAGUGCCUUCCCGGCAAAACAAUUCCUUGUCAACUACGUUUUCGGGCAGAUGAGUGACCCGGAUUCGUAUAUGAUGAACUGGAAGCACGCUGGCGUCAUGGCGAUACUGUGGGUUGCGGCUUUUAUGGUCGUGUGGAAGGGUGUUCGGAUCAUGGGCCGCAUCGCCUACGUUACCACCAGCAUCCCCUACAUUGUUGUCUCCGUGCUGCUGGUGCGCGGAUUGACGCUGAGCGGCGCCGGCCUGGGCCUUGCCUUUUUCUUCACCGAUGCCAGGUGGUCGGCACUCUGGGAGCUGAAGACCUGGAGCGCCGCCUUCAGCCAGAUGUGUCUGUCGCUGUGCCUCGGCUACGGCGCCUAUCCCACGAUGGCCUCGUUCAACCCGCCGAAUACGAAAUCACUACGUGACGGCUGUAUCAUCAUCCUGGCCGACAUGUUCAUGUCGUUGGGCGGGAGCACGGCCGUCUUUUCCAUCCUCGGCCACAUGGCGCACAGCCGGAAUAUGGAUGUGGGCAUGCUGCUCGAUCCCGAUAACCCGAAUAACAUCGGAGGGCCGUUGAUCGCCUUCGUCGCCUAUCCGGAAGGCAUCGCGACGAUGUCGAUGCCGUGGCUGUGGAACGGCCUGUUCUUUUUGAUGCUCUUCCUGCUCGGCUUCUCGACGAUCAUUGUUGCCAUGAAGCAUCUCGUCACCUUCGUCACCGACUCGGUGCCGCAGCUUCAGAAGAGGUCGACCACGGUUUCGAUAGUGCUCAUCUGUUGCUUGUUCAUCACCGGGAUGCCGAUCAUGACCAAGAAGACUGGAGACUACAUUGACAUCUACGACUAUGCCAUCGCGAACAUCACCGUCUACAUUAUGCUCGUGCUACAGUACUUGGCGUGCUACCACUUUUACGGUGUGUUCCGUUUCAAGCGUGACCUCGAGGUAAUGUUCGGGCUGGCGAGGGACGGCUUGCACAUGACGUUCGGCCAUGGCGGCGGCUACUACCACAUCUUUAGCUGGGCCAUCUCGAUCCCGAUUGUCGCCUCGGUUAUGAUCUGGGUUAGCAUCGACCAAAUGCAGAUGACCAUUCUGAAGGAGGGGAAGAAGGCGAUAAAGGAGGGCAAUGACCCGAACGAGUGGACGCCGGAGCGUCUGCUGCGCUGGUUCUUGCUGUUGCUCCCCCUUGCCUACGUGGUGAUGGUGGCCGUCGCACAGUUGAUCGUCCAGUACGCCAGGACUAAGGAAUGGACGGCCGCCUUCAAGCCGCACGCCGAUCAUCCUGUCCACAAAACCCUCACUGGCCAGACGCUGACCGUAAUCAUAGCCUCAAAUUACCACCCGACACCACAAUUUCAGAGUGUCCACGAAGCGAGCUCUCCGGGCACCAAGGCGGCCAAAACGUCGAAGGACAGCAAGCUGGCUAGAAAGAGCAGCUCACCAUUGGACGACAACAAUAACGACAACAUUGACGACGACUCGGCGAAGGGCAAGGGCAGCCAGCAUCCGGCCGCCGACCCCGGAACGGAACUCGCCCCCGUCGGCGCGCGACUAGACCACGUCGACGCGCAACCACCACUACUCGCCGGCAACCCAACACUCGAAAAACACGCACCCACAACACCUCAUAUCUAUCGGGCUCUUACUUUAGACAAUGUCGUCUGCUGGAUAUCAUCAUAUUCGGGUUGUUGGGUGUUUUCCAUAAAUAGUUUCUCUGAACGCCGA